ACUGGUCAGGAUUGGCCCAGGAGUCCGGUCUAUGGCGCGGAGACCUCGCUGGAGCCGGAGAGUCAUUUAAAGGUCCCCGUGGGGUUCGGGGUCCGUCCUGUCCUAGGGUCCGGUCCGGCUUGUCGAGGGGCUGCUUUCGCCGCCAAGAUGGCGGUCAUGGGCGUCCAGCUGGUUGUGAGUCUUCUCACAGCUAGCCUCAUGCACAGAAUGGCCCCGCAUUUCUCCUUUGCCCGAUGGCUGCUCUGCAAUGGGAGCCUGUUCCGCUACAAACACCCGACUGAUGAGGAGCUUCGGGCUCUGGCGGGGAAACCGAAGCCAAAAAGCAAGAAGGAAAGGAGGGCCAAUGGCCUCAAUGAGGAAAAGCCUCUGUCUGUGCCCCGAGACAUCAACCUUCAGCUGGAGACGAGCCCCAUCACAGCCAUCGAUGCACUUGUGCUGAGGUACUUUUCUGAGUAUCAGUGGUUCGUGGACUUCGCGCUCUAUGCCUGUGGCGUCUACCUCUUCACCGAGGCCUACUACUGCGUGGUGGACCCUGCCAAGGAGGCCAACAUCGGGGUGCUCUGGUGUCUUCUCACUAUCGUCUUCUCUGUCAAGGUGUUCCUGACCGUGAUGCGCCUGUACUUCUCCUCGGAGGAGGGGGGGGAGCGUUCCGUUUGCCUUGCCUUUGCCUUCAUCUUCCUGCUUCUGGCCAUGCUGGUGCUGGUGGUCCGGGAGGACAUCCUGGAGUUUGGACUGGAGCCAGGACUGGCCAGCAUCACCCAAAAGCUAGAGCCCGUGCUGAAGAAACACGGCUGGGACUGGUGGAUCCCCCUGACCAAGCUGACCUUCCGCCUGGCCCUGGUCGCCGUGUGCUCUGUCCUGGGGGCCUGCCUCACGUUCCCCGGCCUGCGCCUGGCUCAGACCCACCUGGACGCGCUGCACCUGGCAGCCGAUCGACCCCUGCUCCAGCUCGCGCUCCAUACGAGUUUCCUGGCUCCAGUGCUGAUUUUGUGUCUGUGGAUCAAACCCAUUGCCCGGGACUUCCUCCUGCAAGCCCCCGUGGGAAAGACGGCCCCCGUCCAGCUACUGUCCGACUCUGCCUUUGACUCGGUGCGCCUGUGGCUGGUGCUGGCCCUGUGCCUGCUGCGCCUGGCCGUGACCAGGCCCCACCUGCAGGCCUACCUGUGCCUGGCGCAGCGCUGGGUAGAACAGAUGAGGAAGGAGGCCGGGCGCAUCGGUGCCCUGGAGAUCCAGCGCAGGAUCACCCGGAUUUACUGCUACGUCUCGGUGGUGAGCCUGCAGUACCUGGCCCCCAUCAUCCUCACGCUGCACCUCACGCUGUUGCUGAAGACUCUAGGUGGCUACUCCUGGGGCCUGGGGCCCUCCAGCCGCCCCCCCAGGCCGGCCCCUGCGCCGGCCCCGGCCGCCCCCGCCGGAGACGACGAGGUGCAAGCCACGGUCUCCCAGAUCCUGGGUGCCCUGAGUGGGCUCUUCUGCCCCGCCUUCUGUCGGGGCCUCCUGGCCUUCCUCACCUGGUGGGCGGCCGCCUGCCAGCUGCUCACCAGCCUCUUCGGCCUCUACUUCCACCAGCGCCUGGCGUCUUCCUAGGCUCCCUCGGGGAGGGCUGGGCUCCUGUGCCUGUCCAGCCUUCCUCGCCAGGUCUGCCGGCCCUGCCCCUUGGCCCGGUGUGCGCCAGGGCCCACAGGGAGCCUCGGCCUUUCGGCGCCGAGCGGGGCUGAGGGGGAGGGCGGCCGCUGCCUCUGCUCAGGACUCCUCCCCUGCGCGGCCACCAGUUUCACCCACAGUGCCUGAGACCACGGCCCCCGGAGCUCUGCCCUGGCUCGGACCCCGCCUCUCCUCCCUCCUUUGACCUCUGCUGACUCCUGGGAGCUGGGCUGGUCUCUUGGAUCUUUGACCAGGGUGGUGAGAAAAGGGGUCAUGAUGAAUUCGCCUUUCCAGGAGAGGGACCGUUAGAAUCGGGGUUAGAGCUGGGGGUGGCGGGAAACCCCAUUUCUGACUCAGAAAGGAGGGAAGGAGGGAAAGACUGACCGACAGACAGAAGAGUCUCCUUGGCCCAUGGAGGGUUGCCGAAGUGUUCUCCUUCCUCGGCUGAAUUUGCUCCUUAUUUUAAUUCAGGGGUUUGCAACCUUUUAUUGUAUCCCAGACCCAUUUGGCAUUCUGGUGAAAUCUAUGCACCCCUUUCUCAGAAUAAAAUUUUUAAAUGCAUAAAAUAAAAUAUAUAAGAUUACAAAGGAAAUCAAUUAUAUUGAAA